AUAGAAAUAUUUAAAUAAUCACUCUGUCAAAAUCACCCAAGUCAUUCUUUAUUUUAUGUUUUAAAAGUUUUGAAGAAUUCACCUAAAAGUCAAAUAAUUGGGACUAAGUUUUCAAAUAAAUUCAUGCUCUUCUCUGGAUUCUUAAAUUACCAGAAAUAUAUCAAUAUCAGUUGGUUUCUGCGCGCCUUGCUAUUCUUAACUAGCAGGAAUGGCCAAAAAGAGAACUGUUAUAAAGGUGAAUACCAGCAGCAAGAAGAAUCAGAAAAAAAUUCUUACUGCAGUCGCCAAAAUUGAAGGUGUAGAAAAACUGGAAAUGGAUGGCAACAAGGGUAUACUUACAGUUGUAGGGGAGGUUGAGCCAGUGCCAAUCUUUAAGGCACUCAAGAAGAUUGGACAGACCCCGGAAAUCGUGAGUGUGGGUCCACCAAAACCGCAAAGAUGUGGGCCCUACUGCAAUUGCAGCUCGUGUAGAUCAUACAAUGAUCAGCAGCAGAAGGGGUGGGACCCGCCUAUGUAUCCGUGCUCAUUUCCCUGCAAUAGGUCUUGUUGCAAGGAGUGCCAGCUAGUUGCUGUAGCGUAUUCUCCUUCCUGUAAUGAUUCAGGGAUGUGCUCCAUUCAAUGAGAACAUCUGAAGAUUAUUUUCAUUAGCAUAUGAAUAAGUCUGAGAUUUUCCCUACAUUUCAUGUAAAUACUGAAUUGGGUGUUCCUUUUCCUUAUUGUUACCUACAUUUGGGAAAUCUGGUGUGGUACUAGGGUGUAUAUAUUUUUAGUUCAGAAAAUGUCCAGUAAUGAAGGUUAUUGCCUGAAAUUUCUGUAGUAACUAUUAUGAUGAGAAUCAACUGAAUUGAAAGCUACUGCAAAAUUUGGCAGGAAAUUCUAGUACAUACGAGUAUUAAGGCUCUGCUGUAUUCACCUUAUUUCCACUCAUUUCAGGAAAAAUAAGUUCAGUUAAG